AUGGCAACCUGGCAGAACGGCCGGGAUGCCUUCAACGCAGAUGAUGAAGACCUCAUUAAAUCCUUCUCAGAUACCACAAACCACCUGCCCCUCCUGCCUCUUACCUGCUGGAUCAUUAUCGGCAACUUCAACAACUUCGAAAUCAAUUUCGGUCACAGUUUCACGCCGGUCAUGCUUUUCGUCAUUUUCCUAGCCCAUAUCGCGGCUUUGCGUGCCUUCACACAUGCACAAGAACAUGGUGAAGAUGCAGCAAAAUCCAUGGGUCCAGUCGCCUUCAUGUGGCCACCCGACCGCGAGUGGGGAGCCGCGCAGGACAACAGAUCGCCAUGCGGCUCAUCGUCAGGCGUGCGAAAUAGAACCGACUUCCCUCUCGUCAACGGCCAGGUCGCGCUGGUGAUGCAGGAGGAGGCAUGGCAUGUACAGGUCUCGAUUGCGCACACAGAUAAUCCGACUUCUAACGACGACUUCGAACUGCUGAUCGACGCACACUACAUACCAGACGUCGACCCGGGCCACGAAUGCUAUCCGCUGCCGCGCAACAACUCAGCUGGUAUUCAAGCUGGGUCGAAUGCGACACUGCAGCUGGUCUACACGUCUGACUUCGACGAUGACGGGGAGCAGACUGGCAACAACGAAACCUUUUAUGCUUGCUCAGAUAUCACAUUCGUCGAAACACAAGACUUCACCUACCAAGUCCCCUGCUUCAACGCCACAGUCCCCGAGUUCGACCUACCUUCGAACAGCAGCGACACGGACUCGGACUCAGCACAAGCCACACCCUCGUCCAGCUCCUCCUCCGGCGGCGGAGGUCUCUCGGGAGGCGCAAUCGCAGGCAUCGUCAUUGGUGUUGUCGCCGGCGUCGCUUUACUGGCAGGCGCAGCCUUCUUCAUCUGGCGGCUUCGCAACCAGCGAGAGCGGCUGAGGGCGCAGGAGGCUAGUGUUAGGGCGGUCAAGUGGGAUCAGACAGGCCGCGCGAGCGAAACAUCUGGUGAUGGGGAUGUUGCGUUGAGCGAUAUGCCUGCUCGUGGCUCUUAG